AUGACUGUUACACGCUCUCAGACGGGGAAAACCCCUAAGAAGGUGGAGCGUAUCGGUUUCGUGGAGACCCCUGGCCGUCGGGUCACUCGCAGCAGCGUUGCGCCGUCCGACGAGAUGUCCGAUUCAGCCACCGAAACUCGAGGACGAACCCGAUCUGUGACUCGAAGGCGCACUCCCGCUACUCCUGCCAAGGUCAAGAUUGAGGAUGUUUCCGACGACGAAGUGAAACCCGCUCCGACCAACGGUCACACCCACACUCCCGAAAGCAAGGAACGGAUCAUCGACGGCUGGGUGCAGGGCAAGGACCCAAGAAUCGAUUAUAGUGGACACUUUGAAUUCGGAGGGUCUUUAGGUGUUUUGUCCAUGAUGAUUGGGUUUCCACUGCUCAUGUACUACAUGUGGAUUGGAGCAACUUACUAUGACGGCAAAUUCCCUCGCCCAGCGGAAGGGCAGAGCAUGUCGGAGUUUUUUGCGCAUAUGGGCCAUUUGGUUUACGAGGGCGCAUUCCCGACUCUCAAGGCAUGGGCCAUGUACUGGGUCUUCUUCGUCUUCGAAGGUGCUUGCUACCUUCUUCUCCCCGGCAUCACGGUUAUGGGUCGCCCUCUCCCUCACCUCGGAGGCAAGCAGUUGCCAUACUACUGCUCGGCUCUCUGGUCUUUCUGGACUACCAUUGCAUUGGCGUGUGCUCUCCAUUUUACCGGUAUCUUCAAGCUGUACACCAUCAUCGACGAGUUCGGAUCUCUCAUGAGUGUUGCGAUUCUAUCUGGGUUCCUGGUUGCUUUCACUGCGUACUUCUCAGCAUUGGCCCGUGGAGCGGAACACCGCAUGACCGGCUAUCCCAUCUACGACUUUUUUAUGGGCGCUGAACUCAACCCUCGGAUGUUUAAGCUUUUAGAUUUCAAGAUGUUCUUUGAAGUUCGUCUUCCUUGGUACAUCCUCCUCCUUGUCACCAUGGGCACUGCCGCUAGGCAAUACGAAGUGUACGGAUAUGUGUCUGGAGAGGUUGGAUUCUUGUUGAUGGCACAUUUCCUCUAUGCAAACGCCUGCUCCAAGGGCGAGGAGUGCAUCGUGUCUACCUGGGACAUGUAUUAUGAGAAAUGGGGUUUCAUGCUCAUCUUCUGGAAUCUGGCUGGUGUGCCUCUAAGCUACUGCCACUGCACGAUCUACCUUGCAAACCAUGACCCCGCUACAUACCACUGGAACCGCUAUUUCCUGAUUUUGCUCUAUGUGGCCUAUCUAUUCGUUUACUGGGUUUGGGAUACCACCAACAGCCAGAAGAACCGCUACCGUCAGCAGGAGCGCGGAACCAGGGUAUUCCGCAAGGCCUUCCCUCAACUGCCCUGGCAAACUCUGAAGGAUCCCAAGACAAUCACCGCGGCCGAUGGCUCUAAGAUCUUGGUUGAUGGAUGGUAUGGCAAGGCUCGCAAGAUCCACUACUCCUGUGAUCUGUACUUUGCCUUGAACUGGGGCCUUAUCACUGGCUUCAGCAGCCCAUUCCCGUGGUUUUAUCCCUUAUUCUUCGCUUGCAUGAUUUCCCAUCGUGCACUGCGUGAUAUCCAGCGCUGCCGUAACAAGUACGGCGAGGCUUGGACUGAGUAUGAGAAAAGGGUUCCUUAUUUGUUCAUUCCUACAUAUCUCCAUUCACAACAUCGAAAUCUUCUAUUUAUUAACCCACGAGAAACAGGCAUCUAUGUCUUCCAUCCAACUGUCCCGGGAUACCCAAAUGCACGCUUUCCCGGUGUAGUCGUGUUCAGCGAGAUCUAUCAGGUAACCGGUCCUGUUGAGCGCUUUGCCCGCCAAAUCGCCGGGCAGGGAUACAUCUGCGCUGCACCCUCAAGCUACCAUGAAUUCACUGGACCCGAGGCUCUGAAGUACAAUGCGGAAGAUACGGACAAGGGGAAUCUGUGGAAGAUUAGCAAGAAAAUCCCGGCAUACGAUGAAGACGCCUCGCUAUGCGUUGAUUACCUCCUCUCCCUCCCGACCUGUAACGGCCGGGUCGGAGCAACAGGAAUGUGCCUCGGCGGACACCUUGCGUACCGUUGUGCCCUGGACAGCAGAGUCAAAGCCGCGGUGUGCUAUUUCGCGACCGACAUCCACAGUAGGACCUUGGGCCAGGGGAAGAAUGAUGAUAGUUUGGCGAGAGCAGAGGAUAUUAAGGGGGAAUUACUUAUGAUCUUUGGAAAGAAUGAUAACCAUGUCCCUCCUGAGGGAAGGGAUCUGAUUAGAAAGACAUUGCACGAGAAAGGCGUCUUGUUUAGCUUUUACGAGGUUGCUUGGGCGCAGCAUGCAUUCAUCCGCGAUGAGCUGAGCAAGGGACGAUACGACCCGGCCAUCACAAAGGCAUGUUUUGAGAUGUUGCUGGAGUUGUUUGGACGCACACUAAAGCUGGAUCUGGGAGAGCAUGAUGGGAAAAAGCUGGAGAUUGAGGACGUUUGUUAG